AUGUGGCACCACGGCCUUAAACCCGUCUGGCCGGGCAGACGAGCCCGGGAACGCUUCACUCACACACCCAUCACAGACUGGCUUCCAACCAGACGGAGCUCCGCCUCUCACAAAUCCUUCUUGGAAGACAGCAGAAGCGCGCCGCCCGGUGCGCCCCAUCUCCCUCCCGGCCUCUCGUCGUCCGCGCGGCGGCUCUCGGGGCCCGUCAGACCGCACCUCGAGGAGCGGACCCAGUCCGCUUUCCAAAGGGCAACGCCGCCGCGGGCGCCCCGAAGCCCGGUAACUUUUUCCACCUGGCCGUGCCGAUCCGGCCACCAACACAAACAGGCGUCGGGCCGGGCGCAGCUCGGACUCCGUCCAGUGAGCGGCACCGGGGCACCUGUCGGCCCCAUUACCACCGGCUGGCGGGCAGCGAACCCCGGUGCCGCCCGCUCCCGCCCCCUGGCGGCCGAAGCCCCGGGGAGCGGGUGGGGGCGGGGAGAACGCGGCGCGCAGGCGCGCAGCCCCCGCCCGGCGGGCUUUGCGCGCGGGCCUCGGCACGCACCGCGCGCGCGGAGCACGUGGCCCAGGGCCGCCGAGUGCGCCCCUGACCCUGGAGACCCCGAGGCUGCAGGCCGCGCUGGCCCCCGCCUGCGCGAGUUGCGCGCCAGUCUUUCCGGGCGUCCUGACGCCCCCACCGCAGGCCUUGAUGCGCGGGCCUGCCUCUCUGCAUUUGGCGGGCAAAGUCCCGCGGGAGGCCGCCCCGAAGUCCACGGGGCUUUCUCAGUCCCGCAGCCCCAGGCCUGCCGCGCUCCUGCCGAGAGUGGAGACGAGACGCUCCCCGCGCGGGCCGCGGGAACGACCCGGCGCGCAGAACCGGAGCUGCGCCAAACGCGCAGGACCUCAAAACCGAGGGCAGUGAACCCACAACACCAGGCCCCGACAACCCCCGGCGCCCGGCUCGACCCCGCAACCGGCCAGCCGCGGCCACAGCUUUUGUUCGUCCGCAUCGCCUCCGGGGCGGCCGCGCACACGGUGCUCCCGGGCAGCCGCGGGGGGCGCCCAUCAUCGCCCCGGCGCGCCGUUCCUUCACUUUCCGUUUCCUCCCCAACGGCGCGUGGGCUCGCCUCCUCCACAGCCAAACCCGGCACCGCUGGUGAAUUACUGAAGCUGGGCGGCUGCUGCCGGCGCACUCUCCCCGGAGGACGCCUACCCCCGCCCUCCCUGAGGGCACCCAGGGCGAAGACCUUCACACCUCCGCGGAGACAAUCGACGUCGCGGUCGGCCGACCCGCUGCCCGACUCCGCCUUAUCAGAGCUUAGUCCAGAUAAACCAUCUCGGACCCAGUGCAAGGCGCGAAACGAGGCGGCCCGGCUCCGAACAAAGAGCAGCGCCGCCGGCGGGCGCUCGUUGCGGAGCCGCCACUUCCCGCAGCCGGCCCGCGCCCUCACACGCGCCCCCCCCCAAGCACUUCCGAUUCCAAACGCGCUCGAGUUUCAAAGUUAUUUCCGUGCGCCCUGCGGGCUGACGACCCCCAGCCCGGCCCCUCUCCUCCUGCCACCUUUCAGACCACUCACAAACAAGUUUCAGGAGCCGUACAACACCCGCCACCCGAGCCCCUCAGCCCCCGCGCCCGCCCCCCGGGGCCCCGAGGGCGCCGGGCCCACUCCCCGACGGGCAUCACGCCUGCCGCCGCGCUUCCCGCCCCCUCCCCUGCACACAAAAGAGUGGGCUGCCUGGGGGCCUAGGCAGGGAGCGAGAGGUGUCUCCGCCGGAGGAAGAGACAGCGGGUUCGGGGCAGCCCAGCCGCCGCGCGCGCGCGCCAAACACCGCUCCGGCGGCAGCAGCGCGCGGGCCCCGAAGGGGCGGGCGGCGUCCAACCUCACCUUGGUGGUGAUCUCGGAGCUGGUGUCCACGGCCGCGUCUGACAUGAUGGGGCACGCCGGUGAUCCGAUGCAGCGGAUUAAAAAAGCAAGAGUUCGAGGACUCUGGCGAGAAAGCUGCCUGAGUCCGCGGUGGCGGAGGAGGCGCGCGGCGGAGGUGGUUGCGGCGAACGGGGAGCCGGACACGGGAACAAUGCAAAGAUGGCUUUUCAGAGCAGCCAGUGGGGAACUCACGCGGCGCCAGAACCUUUAA